GAUACCACCGGGAUUACCGUCAGCAGGGCGCUUCCAUCAUCGAUACAUGGUUACAGAACCCCCUCCGUCCGAGGGUUGGUAACAAAUGGUGCGGCUCCAGCGGUCACGGUGGCGCUAAAUUGACAUGCUGGGAAAGCCCAGUCCGGUCCUAUCAUGUCACAGCACUCUUGUGUCAGCACCUCACCUGCCGCUUCAGGCAUCUUUAUCGGUGAAUAUUGUGGCGGUGUCGAGCGCGACAUAUGAGGUAAUCCUUGUUGUACAGAGUCGAGUCCUAUGGCUCUGGAAGGGACUUGAAGAACCUUUGUGCGUCCUUGUGCUUUUACCCUUCAAGGCUGACACCAACAGCGCGUGUCUUGACUAGGUUCACGCAUUCGUUGUAGAAGUCUAUCCCUUGGUGUUGGUCCUGGAACAAAGAAGACGCCUCGAGUGACCUCCUGGCAUCAAGUGGUCAAUG